AUGCAUCCGGGCGCCGCCAUCUUGAGUACGGGACCUCUGAACCUGGCCUCCUCCAUCUACACCUGCGGACUGCCCUGCCCGACCCGCCUGGGAGUGCUUCAGUCACUGGAGGACUCUAGCAGCCAUGGUCCCUCUCGUGGCCCCAGUGGAGGAGGUCCUUUCCCUGGGGAGAUGUCGUCACACCACGCCCUAGAGCUUGAGGCACGUCUUGCUGCACCUGCGGCACCUGCGGAACAUUCACUCAGGCUCCAGCCCUGUUCACAACUCACCUGCAUUAACGACAGAUCUGGCCCAUGA